UACACAUUUAGUAUUGACAGAGUGACAGAGCAACUAAAUUCAAAUGUUUCAUUAAGAUCUCAGACUAGUAGCAAAGAUUUUUCAUGAUCAGAAAACAUCGAUUACCGAAGGAUUAAACCUAAUGAGAAGAUUGGAAGAAAUAAUCAUGCAGACACAUCAAUGAACUAUAGAUGUUCAAACGAAAAUGAAAAGGGAAAAAAGUCUCACCACAUUUGCCAACACAAAUGUGCAGGAUGCUGGAUCAUCAUCCACCAACUUGAAAAGAAACCUUACUUUGCUCAAUGUAGUUGCUCUGCUAGUGUCCAUCACAGGCCACGUGGCGGUCUUCAUCACUCCAGGCUUAGUUGUGGAUAUGUCAGGAUCUGUUACAUCUACGGUUGUCUUUUGGCUUGUUGGAAGUUUUCUUGUGUAUUCGCUGGCAUUGUGCUACACAGAGCUGGGUACCAUUUUUCAGAAUGCAGGUGGACCAUACUUAUACAUUACAGUCAUUUUCGGCCAUUUUUAUGGUUUCUUAGUCGUCUGGGGCUACAUUAUACUCAUAUCUGGUCCAUUUAUUGCUUUUGCAUCCCAGACUGCAGCUUUGUACAUCGCCAAAGCAAUAUUAGACAGUUCUUGUAACAGCUAUUGGCACAAAAUCUUAGUCACACUGAUUGCAUGUUGGAUUCUUUUGGGACUUUCUUUCAUGAACUGCUACUGUCUCAAAGUUGUUGUUUUACUACAGAAUGCAUUGACAGCUUGCAAGAUGUUUGCUAUCGGAAUCAUUAUAGCUUCUGGAGUUUAUGUUUUAUCAACAAGAUCUACUGAGAAUUUCAGCGCACCUACUGAAGGCUCACAUGUUGACCCAGGUCGCAUAUCAAUGGCCUUGACGUAUGUCAUUUUUUCCAAUGGAGGCUGGCAGGCAGUGACUACAUUAACUGAAGAAGUGAAAAGUCCUGCCAGAACUUUACCAAGAGGAAUUCACGUGACAUUUGCUAUCAUCUCAGUGCUUUUUCUGAUGACGUACUUAAGCUAUAUGGUUGUUCUGGACAAAACAGUGGUUAUACAUUCCAAGGCAGUAGCACUAACAUUUUGUGAACAUGUGUGGGCUCCCCUGGUUCCUGUCAUGUCCAUUCUUGUUGCUCUGGCUUGUGUGGGUGCUCUGAACACUGGAAUCAUGGGUCACUCUAGGUGCUGUAUGGCUUUGUGAUGAUGUUUUCUGGUGGUGUACAAAGACUCAUGCAAUUUAUUGGUCUCUACUCUCUGAUCUUGGGAUUUAAAGUUAUAGUUGCCUUGCUGUACCUGCGGUAUACCAGGCCAGACUUGCACCGGCCUUA